AUGUUCACCAUAACACUUCGCGCAGGUGCCGGGCGCCUCGCGGCCAACGCGCCGCAGCUCGCGCGGGCAUUCCAUCAAUCGGCUCCCAAGAACACCUUCUUCACCCCAAGGACAGCUUCGCUCGCCUUCCGCGCCAACACAAAGACCUCAAGCAACAUUUUCUCGAGGUUACAGGGAGCCUCUCGCGGUUACCGGGCGCAGUAUGACUCGGUCUACGUCGACCCGGCCGUCCGGCGCAAGGAGCUGUUCCGCAAGCUCAUGAUCGGCGGUGCCAUCUUCGGCGGCACUCUCGUAACCGUCAACGCCAUGUUCAACCGCGAGACGAGGGAGGACGGCGGCAUGCCGCCCUUUGAGCGUUCAUAUCUCAACCGCACCUUCAUGCAUACCGGCCUCGGCGUCGGCAUCAUCGGCCUGACGGCCUACCAGAUGGUUCAAAGCGGCUUUGUGUACCGCCUCAUGGUGACCAACCCGUGGAUUGUCGGCAUCGGCGGUCUUGCCCUCAGCAUCGGCAGCAUGAUCGCCACCCGCUCGAUUGACCCCGACAACUACAUCCCCAAGUACGCCUGCUGGACCGCCUUCAACGCCACCCAGGCCGCCCUGAUCGCUCCUCUGAUGACUAUCGCUCCGCCCGCCCUGCUCGCCCGCGCCGGCCUCUACACCCUCGCUAUGAUGGGCAGCAUCUCGUUUGUCGGCGCCACUGCCAAGCAGGACAAGUACAUGUACAUUGGCGGGCCCCUCCUCGCGGGCGCUGCCAUCGUUGCCGUGUCCGGCUUUGCGCCUCUCGUGCUUCCCGCCACGGCAGUCCGCACCCUGGCCUUCACUGAGAACCUUUGGCUGUACGGUGGUCUGGCCGUGUUUGGCGGCUUCACCCUUUAUGACGUCCAGAAGGUGCUGUAUCACGCCCGGGCGGCGCAGCGCGGCAUCAUCAAAGAGGACCCCGUCAACGAGAGCAUCAGCCUUGAGCUCGACUUUCUCAACAUCUUUGUGCGGAUGGUGCAGAUUUUGAUGAUGCAGCAGAACCGGAGGAAAUGA